AGAAGAAGAAGAAGUAAAGCGCAGGUCGAACAGCAACACACUCGCACACACUUUAUCACAUUCACCUUAUAACACUGAGACAUGGACUCAGACGAGGGCUACAACUAUGAGUUCGAUGAUGAAGAGGAGGAGGAGGAGGACGAGGAGGAGGAGUGCAGCGAGGACAGCGGGGAAGAGGAGGCCGAGGAUGAGGAGCUGCUGGACCCGGCCGUGGCUGGAGGAGAAGCCGAAGAUUGCGCUGACACCGGCGGCGGCGGCGGCGGAGGAGGAGGCCUGGGGCCCGGCCAGGAGGAGGAGGACUACCGCUUCGAGGUGCUGACCACCGAGCAGAUCCUCCAGCACAUGGUGGAGUGCAUCAGGGAGGUUAACGAGGUCAUACAGAACCCGGCUACGAUAACCAGAAUACUCCUCAGUCACUUCAACUGGGACAAAGAGAAGCUUAUGGAGAGGUACUUUGAUGGAAAUCUGGACAAGUUGUUUUCAGAGUGCCAUGUCAUAAACCCCAGUAAAAAGCUCAAAACGCGACCAAUGAGCACACGUUCCUCCAGUCAGGAUAUGCCCUGCCAGAUCUGCUAUCUCAACUAUUCAAACUCGUAUUUCACAGGUCUUGAAUGUGGACACAAGUUCUGCAUGCAGUGCUGGGGCGACUACUUAACCACCAAAAUCAUCGAGGAAGGGAUGGGACAGACCAUCUCAUGUCCUGCUCACAACUGUGAUAUUUUGGUUGACGAUAACACUGUAAUGCGACUGAUCACAGAUUCUAAAGUGAAGUUGAAGUAUCAGCAUUUAAUCACAAAUAGUUUUGUAGAGUGUAACAGACUGUUGAGAUGGUGUCCAGCUCCUGACUGCCACCAUGUGAUCAAAGUUCAGUAUCCUGAUGCCAAACCAGUUCGCUGCAAAUGCGGGAGACAGUUCUGUUUCAAUUGUGGAGAGAACUGGCAUGACCCUGUUAAAUGCAAGUGGUUGAGGAAGUGGAUAAAGAAGUGUGAUGAUGACAGUGAAACAUCCAACUGGAUUGCAGCAAAUACCAAGGAAUGUCCCAAAUGUCAUGUGACCAUUGAAAAAGACGGCGGCUGUAAUCACAUGGUGUGUCGAAACCAGAGUUGUAAAGCAGAGUUCUGCUGGGUUUGUCUAGGCCCUUGGGAACCUCACGGCUCUGCUUGGUACAACUGCAAUCGCUACAAUGAAGAUGAUGCAAAGGCAGCCAGAGAUGCUCAAGAGCGAUCUCGUGCAGCCCUGCAGCGCUACCUCUUCUACUGCAACCGCUACAUGAACCACAUGCAGAGUCUGCGCUUCGAGCACAAGUUGUAUGCGCAGGUGAAGCAGAAGAUGGAGGAGAUGCAGCAGCACAACAUGUCGUGGAUCGAGGUGCAGUUCCUGAAGAAGGCCGUGGAUGUUCUGUGCCAGUGUCGCUCCACGCUCAUGUUCACCUACGUCUUCGCCUUCUACCUCAAAAAGAACAACCAGUCCAUCAUUUUCGAGAACAAUCAGGCUGAUUUGGAGAACGCUACAGAGGUGCUCUCGGGUUAUCUAGAGCGAGAUAUCUCCCAGGAUUCUUUGCAAGAUAUUAAACAGAAAGUUCAGGAUAAGUAUAGAUACUGUGAGAGCCGGCGACGAGUGCUGCUGCAGCACGUUCACGAGGGCUAUGAGAAAGACUUGUGGGAGUACAUUGAAGACUGACGAGCUUCGGAGCGUGGUCUCCAGUCGGCCAUCACCGCAGCCCCUCUCCAUGUUGCAUCCUUUUUACGUGGCAUCUGGAUUUUUGUUAUUAUUAAGAGUUUAAUUUCAUUUUACUGAAAUAAAAAGGUAGAAUAUUCCAAUAAAACUCCUAUGUCAGUA